GUUUACUGAAUGUCAAGGCAUCUUUGAUUUGUAUUUUGAGGUUACAAAUUAAUUAUGGAAACAAGAACUUGCUCAGUGCUAAAUGUUUAAAUUUUUUUUUCUGAAUCACCCAGAGCCCUUAACAGUCCUACAAUAUUCAAAAUUCAGGAAGUUUAAAGAUGACUAAUACCGCCCCAUUCAACAGUAGCAUAGCGUUUUGUGCUAAAUGUGGAUCUAUACUGCCUCUGUUGCAAGAUUUUGGAUCUGUCAAAUGUUAUGCAUGCAAGGCAGUCUAUGACCCUGAUGGCUUUGGCAAUAUAAAAUUCAACUACACCAUACACUUCAACACAGUAUCGUCCAUGAACACAGACAACAUCCUUAAUAUGGAUAAUCCAGAAGGGCCAGUGGUGGAGCGGAAAUGUCCCAAGUGUGGUAAUGACAGAAUGUCCUAUGCAACAUUACAGUUGAGGUCGGCUGAUGAAGGACAGACAGUGUUUUACACUUGUGUAUCUUGCAAGUACAAAGAAACGGAAAAUUCUUAACAAAUACCAUCUAUAUCAACGUUGUGUACAGUAUAUUGUAAAAAUAAAAUAAGAAUAUGUUGAAUUUUAAUAUUAAAAAAAAUAAGAUUUAUGCUUA